AUGCUCUACUCAGGCCGUGCCAUGUGGAGAAAAUACAAAGCAAAAGAGGCUAGAAAAGUGAUGGAGAAGAACCUAUUGCAUGAGAUUGGAGGUAAUGCAAUGCUUUCGAUGGUGUACGGCAAAGCCAGAAAAAGUAAGAAAAAGGAAAAGUCAAGCAAUGAGGUGGAAGUAUUCACAUUCGAAAGCAUAAUUGCUGCCACAAACAAUUUCUCAGCUGCGAAUAAGCUCGGAGAGGGUGGUUUUGGUCCUGUUUAUAAGGGAACAUUAAGUGAUCGGCAAGAGGUCGCAAUGAAGCGACUUUCUAAAAGUUCAGGACAAGGGCUGAUAGAGUUUAAGAAUGAAGCUAAACUCAUGGCCAAACUCCAGCACACUAAUCUCGUAAAGCUUUUAGGGUUCUGCAUCCAGAGGGAUGAAAGAAUAUUAGUCUAUGAGUACAUGUCUAACAAGAGCUUAGAUUUCUACCUCUUUGAUUCAACUAGAAAGAGUUUGCUAGACUGGGACAAACGCUUGAACAUCAUUGGAGGCAUAGCUCAAGGACUUCUUUAUCUUCACAAGUAUUCAAGACUAACGGUGAUACAUCGGGACCUGAAAGCUGGCAAUAUAUUACUUGACGAAGAGAUGAAUCCUAAAAUAUCUGACUUUGGCAUGGCUCGAAUAUUUGGUCAAAGAAUAUCAGAAGAAAAUACUACUAGAGUUGUUGGUACAUAUGGCUACAUGGCUCCAGAGAUAAUAAGGGGUGUUGUGUCUAUCAAGACAGAUGUAUUUAGCUUUGGUGUUCUGCUAUUAGAGAUUCUUAGUGGCAAGAAGAAUCAUAGUCGCCAUCAUUCGGAUCGCCCACUCAACCUCAUAGGAUAUGCAUGGGAGCUUUGGAAUGAAGGUAGAGCUCUCGAGCUAGUAGAGCCAGCAUUAAAUGAAUUAAAUACUCAAAAUGAAGUUUUAAGAUGCAUUCAUAUCGGGCUCUUGUGUGUACAAGAUCAAGCAACAGAUAGACCUACAAUGUUAGAUAUUGUUUCUUUUCUAUCAAAUGAUACAAUACAACUUUCCCAACCAAAGCAGCCAGCAUUCUUCAUCAAUGUGGUUGUGGAAGUGUCAGAACUUCCUUACAGCAAGCAAGAACAUCAUUCCUUAAAUGAUGUAACAAAUACUAGUUAUACGGCAGCUCAAAAUAAGGCGUUGAAAAAGACGCGAUCAAAAGACAAGGCGACAUUGUACAUGCUAUUCCGAGCUGCUGACGAGUCAAGCUUUGAGAAGAUUGCGAGUGCUACAACUUCAAAAGAAGCGUGGGAUAUUUUGACAAAUGUCUACAAAGGAGCUGACAGUGUUAUGCAAGUCCGACUUCAAACCCUCCGCGGCGAGUUGGAAGGAAUGAAGAUAAAGGAGACGGAAGAAGAAUCAAAGGAUCUAGCAACGCUCACUAUUGAAGAGCUCGCUGGUUCCCUUGAGGCACAUGAACAACGUAAGAAGAAGAAGGAGGAGGAGACACUUGAGCAAGUGCUUCAAACCAAGGCGUCAAUCAAAGACGAGAAGGCCCUCUAUUAUCAAAACUUCCGAGGUAAAGGUCGUGGCCGUGGGGGACGUGGAAAUGGUCGUGGUGGUAGAGGUCGUGGUCAAGAAAGACAGAGUGAGGAGAAAGGACAAUUUAGCCAACAGAACUGGCGUGGAAGAGGACGAGGUCGUGGAAAAGGAGGUCGGUCGUAUUACUCCAACAUUGAGUGCUACAAGUGUGGCAAGUAUGGUCACUAUGCAAAAGAUUGUAACUCGGAUAAAUGUUAG